GCUACUAGAAGCUGGUAGGCUUGUCCAACAACCAUAUACCGACCUCGGUAAGGAUCAUCAGCUAUCGUGGACGGUAUCAUAGCUUCGCAUUCAACAUUCAGCAGACCGCAGCCCUCCACGAGGGGCUAUCAUGAAUAUAUAAAUGGGUGAUGCACCUCCCACUAGUCGUCUAUCUUUACUCUUCCCAUCCCACGCUCCAAGACCUCCAUUGCCGAGCAGAACUCACUCUAGAUAACUCGUGAGACUAAUACCAGGCCCGUCGCCAUCAUCUAUCAUCUAUCCCUCAAUAUGCGUUCCGCAGUCGCUUUCGCCUUGCUGCCUCUGGCAUUAGCCGCGCCUUCGAAGCGGGCUACCCCUGCGCCGGUUAUCAAGCCCCGAGGUGCUCAACUUGUCGAUGGCAAAUACAUUGUGAAGAUGAAGGACAGCACGAAGUCCGAGUCUAUCCAGAGCUCCAUCGAGUCUGUCUCUAGCGACGCCGACUUUGUCUAUAACUCCAACAAGUUCAAGGGCUUCGCCUCUAGCCUGUCAGCUGAGGAGCUUGAAUCUUUACAGCACAACGACGAUGUCGACUAUAUUGAACAGGAUGCUGUUGUCACCAUCAAGGCAACCCAAGAGAACGCCGACUGGGGCUUGGCGCGCCUGUCGAACGCUAAGCCCGACAGCACCACCUAUACCUAUGAUGACAGUGCUGGCGAAGGUACUUGCGCCUACAUCAUUGACACGGGUAUCUACGUAGACCACGAGGAAUUCGAGGGCCGUGCUACAUUCCUUCAAAACUUUGCUGGUGAUGGAGAGGACAGCGACGGAAAUGGCCACGGCACCCACGUUGCCGGAACUAUCGGCUCCAAGACAUACGGAGUUGCCAAGAAGACCUCCCUAUAUGCUGUCAAGGUCCUUGACGCUAGCGGCUCAGGCACCAACUCUGGUGUCAUCGCUGGCAUGAACUUCGUUGCAUCGGAUAGCAGUGAGGACUGCCCCAAGGGUCGCGUCGUCAACAUGUCCCUUGGUGGUUCCACCUCGACAGCCGUCAACCAGGCAGCUGCUGCCAUCGUUGACGCUGGCUUCUUCCUUGCCGUCGCCGCUGGUAACGAAGCUACAGAUGCGUCUUCAUCAUCUCCUGCCUCAGAGAAGACCGCCUGCACCGUUGGAGCUACAACCAAAGACGAUGAGCUCGCCGAAUACUCUAACUACGGUAGCCUCGUCGACAUCCUUGCCCCAGGAACAGACAUUGAGUCGACCUGGAACGAUGGUGGUGUGAACACCAUCUCUGGCACUUCAAUGGCCACCCCCCACAUUGCUGGACUUGGCGCUUACUACCUAGGACUUGACGCCUCGCCCGUCGCCGAUCUCUGCGACUACAUCGCGAAGUCGGCGCUCUCUGACGUUAUCACAAGCGUGCCCAGCGGCACCGCCAACUUGUUGGCUAACAACGGCGAGUCCUCUUAGAUUCAACCAGAAGGAAUGAUGAUGAUGACGAUAGUAAUAGGAUGAAGUUUAACUUAGUUAGAUAUGCUAAGUAAGACUCUGUAUCAUUGAUAAUACAAUAUGGGUUUGGUAUACGCCUCUGGGCGUUUGUAUAUAUAUAAGCAACCUAGUUGUCGAUAGAUGAGUUUAUCAGUUAAUUGAUUAUAAUGCCCUGACAUUUA